CGGGGGAGCAGUAGUAGGCAGAUGCUGAGGAGAGAAGCAGGACGGAAAAUACAACAACACUGUGGAAGGUGCGGUCCGGACACCAUGAGCGAGUCCUGGAUGAGAUGCUUACUGCAAGUUUAAAUAUUAGUGUGACUUUGAGUUUUGGCACCACAGCGCAACUUCACCCCGACGCGACGGUCAAAGUCAGUGUUGUAAGGAUUUCAUUGCGUCCUGGACCAGUUUUCCUGCGGCGUUUCCAUCUGAACCGGCAGGAUGAAAAACCACUGAGAACCGGGUAGAAAAGAAAGAAGGAAAGAAAAACCAGAUUGCAAGAGAUUCAGUGAUUUGUGACGCUGUGACAAAAUGUUCUCUGCUUCGUCAAAGCUGCCUUUAAAACAAAAGUUUACACAUUCAAUGCAAUUUGGCCUGCCCUUUCCUCAGAAUUAUCCUUUUUAUGACCUGUAAUAAACCUGUACUUUGAAUAGAGGAGUAGACUACAGAGAUAAAUCUAAUUCAGGGCCCUAAAACAGGAGAGAAAGGUGUGAGCCCAUCAACAAAAACAUAGGGAGACAGGACGAGCGCAGAGAUUUAGCAGUUUCCUCAUUCUUCUCCUCUCAUUCCUGGACAGACUAGUAAAGCGCCCUUCCCCGUAUGUGGUGGGUGAGAUGAACUCCAGUGGGAAUACUGUAGACCCCACCUGACAGCUCUCUGCCUGAGCAACUGAAAGCUUUUCACUGGAGCCUCCACAACCACAGAGCUGGAUUAAAAAAAAAAGAAACUUUCCUAAAAUCCAACAUCUCAACAGUGAUGCUCCUUUUUGAGAAAGACAUUUAAAAUAUUUCUGUUAUUUUUCUCUUGAAAAAUGAUGUAUACUCUUUAGAAAGGUUGAAAGAUCUCAGACAUUGUGAACCAGGGGAAACUGAAAAAUAAAAGGAUACAAAACAAAUCUACUGAACACCAAGAAAUGGAAAAACCUAUUUGUCAUUCUCCCCCCGACUUCUGAUUUCCUCCUGUCUGAGACUUGUCGGUCCCUCUCCUAGAAUAGCCCCCAAUUUCUUUUCUUUGGCCCACACAAUCACAUAUUUUCCUCCUCCAUCUUCUUGAUCCAGUAGCUACUUUCUACCCAGAGUUCAGCCUGGCCGGCACAACCAUUCCAGCUAAGGGGGAGGAGGACUUCCUCACGCUGGCCGCCUCCCGGCUCAGUCGCAAGAAACGUGUCAUCGGGGCUGGAGUCGGCGUGGCCAUGGUUCUGGUCCUGCUGGUGGCCAUUCCCCUAUUGGUCCACACCACCAAGGGGGGAGGGUCCGGAGGAGGGGGCACGCAUUAUGAAAUGCUUGGGAGCUGCAAGAUGGUGUGUGACACUUUCACCCCCCCACAAGGAGAGCUGACAGCUGUCUCCCCUCAGCCCCCAGACUUCCCAAACCGCAGGGGCAAACAGGGCUUUAGAGGGACCCCUGGACUUCCUGGUCCUCCAGGUCCUAAAGGGCCCCCCGGAGAGCCUGGCAAGCCCGGCCCACCUGGUCCACCAGGGCCUGGACCUGGUGGCUACGGCCAAUCCUUCUACAGUCCCAAAAUUGCCUUCUAUGCAGGCCUCCGGAAGCAACAUGAAGGGAGUGAAAUACUGAAGUUUGAUGACGUGGUGACCAACGUAGGGAACUACUAUGAGCCGAGUACCGGCAAGUUCACCUGCCCUCUGCCUGGCAUCUACUACUUCACCUACCAUGUCCUGAUGAGAGGAGGUGAUGGGACGAGCAUGUGGGCUGACCUGAAGAAGAACGGACAGGUGAGGGCCAGUGCAAUUGCUCAAGAUGCAGAUCAGAACUACGACUACGCCUCCAACAGCGUCAUCCUGCACCUGGAUGUGGGGGACGAAGUGUGUGUACAGCUGGACGGGGGCAAAGUUCACGGCGGAAACACCAACAAAUACAGCACCUUCUCUGGCUUCCUCAUCUACCCUGACUGACAGUAUACUCACAUUUAUAUACUCUCUCUCCCUGUAAUCAAGCAAAAAAAGUGUCCUCUCCUUUCUGCAUCUAACACACCAUGCUGCCAUAAUGUACUUUACCAUUUCAAUGCUGUUCAGUACACAAAACAUGUAAUAACAUGAUCACAGUUAACAGUUUGAAGAGAAUAUGUGUAAAAAUGAAUAUAAUAUUGUAUAUAUUACCAGGUAACAUUUACUUCUGAGACACACACUUGUGUAAUCAUUAUUCUGUGCCAUGUACAGCAUGUGUAAGCAUGGCUAAAACACAUGAUUCACAUCUGUUUCAUAUGCACACAUUUGCUUGUACACACGCACAUACACACACAGGUGUGCACACAUUAAUUGAGCAUCUCCUAUCAGUUGUUACACUGAGACAAGAUGACCAUUUUAGCCACUGGUCUGAAAUCGACUGAAAUAAUCUCUGAAUGUAGACUGUAAAUCGAAGUGCGUGUUCUUGGCUGCAGCCUCUCGCCUUCGCUCUGAGAUGGAUUUCCAAACGAGAAAAGUCAUGAAUAUAUUGAUCGCAGCUGAUAAUAUAGCCAACAACAUGAACAUAAUCCAGUGUGUUGUAUGUCUGUGCUCAUGCCCGUGUGCAGGCAUAUGUGUGUGUGUUUGUGCUGAGGUGUCAAAGCAGCGUUGCUGUCAGUUUAACUUGCACUGUCUGACUCCUGUUAAGGGAGG